AUGGCCACCGAAGAACCGCACCCCGCCGUCGCAGCAGGCGACCACACGGCGUACAUGGAGUACACGCUCGAGCGGGCGCGUCUCUCUCCGCCCGCGCCAACCAAAUUCUGCGUCGGGGCCGUCCUAGUCGACGCAGACAAGGACGAGAUCCUAGCGACGGGUUUCUCAAUGGAACUACCCGGCGACCGCCCCGGCGACCCAGGAACCACCCACGCCGAGCAAUGCUACUUCAUCAAGGUCGCCGAGAGGCACAGAGUCGCGGAGGAGAGGCUACACGAGGUCUUGCCCAAGAAUACAGUCCUCUGCACGACGAUGGAGCCCUGCAAUGAGCGACUGAGCGGCAACAAGACCUGCGUGGAGCGGAUACUGGGGCUCAGAGGUGCGGUUGGGACUGUGUAUGUUGGGAUCAAGGAGCCCGAAACUUUUGUUGGUGAGAAUAAGGGGAUCAAGAGGCUGGAAGAUGGAGGUGUCGAGGUUGUGCUUGUCGAGGGGAUGAGGGAGCGCAUUAUGCAGGUGUCGACUGCGGGCCACGGCAGCCAGACGUUGUAG